AUGGCGUUCGCGGGCGACCUUCACUUCAACCCCCUCACAGACACCCUUAUUGACUCCGAUGGCAAGCCGUUAAAAUUCAGCAGCCCCACCGGCAAGGAGCUCCCGCGCAAGGGUUAUGAUCCCGGAUUGGACAUUUUCCAGCCUCCUCCGAAGGAUCGAGCCAGCGAACAGGUCGCAGUCGACCCGAAGAGCGACCGUCUCCAGAUCCUGAAGCCCUUUGCUCCCUGGGAUGGUAAGACCGAGAACUGUCUGAUCAGUGCCAUCAAUGCUGAGAACGGCGAGGCGGACAAGGUGAAGAACCAGGGGUCAUCGUCGGCGAUUACAACCACGGUGAAGGCUCCUCGCGUGAGCACGCUGCGCUCGAGCCGCGUUUCCUCGGCGGUCUCGCUAUCAUCGCUCGCACGUAUCCACGAGAAAAACUUGAAGAAGCAGAGUAUGCUCGCGUUGGCAUUCGCGAACCUGGCCGACUACGACAAGGUGCAGCUCGACGGCCGCCUGUCGAUUCACGGCCUCCAGGACUUCCAGCCCGGCAAAAACCUCACGCUCGCGCUUAAGCAUAAGGAUGGGUCGAAGGAUGAGAUUCCGCUUGCGCACAGCUUCAACGAGGGACAGAACUAA